UGGCUUUGUUCGUCCACCGCUCACUCUGCAACAGAACCCUCCAUCUCCGCUUACUCUCCUAAGCUGCUCUCGCCCUCGACCAAUCAUCUUCACCAUCACCUUCCUCCCCCUCUCCAUUUACCUACCUCGAAGCUUUCCCCAAGACCGACCCCAAAUACGCCGAGACUAUACUCAUCGUCCCACGCCCCAUCUCCAGAAAAAAACAUCUUCUCCAAAGAAAGAAAAGUGGGUCGAGUCCCCAGCAUCGUUUUCGAGAAAGAAGAUGGGCAGCAUGGAGGCAACAAGAGGCUCAUUUCUGUUCAGACCAAUCAGAUCAGAAAACUGGUAAAGCAUCUGGGCGAGUCCUUUUUUCUUUAUAGGCUUUUUGAUCUUGAGGUUCGAUCAGAUUUUGGGUCCGGUGAAUUGAUUGAAAAAGUCCGGGUUCUCCCUAGGAAGCUUCAUUUGCAUGCGGGGACUGAUGCACCUCUUAAUGUAACCUUCAUAAGGGCACAUUCCAAUGCUUUGUUGAAGGUGGAUAUUCCUCUUGUGUUUAGAGGAGAAGAUGUAUGCCCUGGACUAAGGAAAGGUUUGUACUUGAAUACUAUCAAGAGGACCGUUAAGUUCCUGUGUCCAGCGGAUAUAUACCUCCAUAUAUUGAUGUUGAUUUAAGUGAGUUGGAUGGCGAUUAGAAGAUGGUAAUGGGAGACCUCAAGAUUCAUCAUACUCUAAAGCUUAUUCAGUCAAAAGAUGAGCCUAUUUGUAAGAUUAUGGGAGCUAGAGUUUCCGACCAAC